AUGGCAAUCUCAAUUAUUCAGGCUGUGAACAAACUUAAAACGAUGAAACAAAGAGAAAAGUGUGGAAACUUAGGCUUUAUUUUGGCAGCACUAAUGUUUGUUUGGACAACAUACAAAAGUUUCUUCCCUUCUCAAAUUCGUAUCUUCCUCAAUAUGAUACACAGGUAUACUUAUCCAUACGUCCAUAUAAGCUUCCCUGAAUAUCAAGGAGAUGGGUUUUACCAAUACAAAACCUUAGCCUAUAAGGCCAUUGAAAGAUACCUCCAUAAGAAAUCUUCUGAUCAAGCUAGAUUCCUGAAAGCCGGCCAUGCCCCAGAUUCCGACACCAUUGUCCUGAGCAUAGAGGAAAACGAAGAAGUCAGCGAUGAAUUUCAAGGUAUUAAGGUUCGGUGGGCUUCCAGGCAACUGACUCCGAAGGGGCAGUCCAUAUCUCUUUAUACAAGAGGAGAUGAGAAGAGGUAUUUCAGGCUGACAUUUUACAAAAAGCAUCGCGAAUUCGUGACCAAUGUCUAUUUGAAACAUGUUCUGGAGGAAGGCAAGCAGAUCGCGGUGAGGGAGAGGCGGCGAAAGCUGUAUACUAACCGCAAGAGUGAUGUUGGAAACAGGACGCCCAUGUGGAGCCAAGUCAGAUUUGAGCAUCCGGCAACUUUCGAUACUUUGGUUAUGGAACCAAAAAAGAAGAAGGAGAUCAUGGAUGAUUUGAUCAAUUUCAGUAAGGCGAAAGAGUAUUACGCCAAGAUAGGGAAGGCUUGGAAGCGCGGAUACCUCCUUUAUGGUCCUCCAGGAACCGGUAAGUCCACGAUGAUUGCUGCCAUGGCGAAUUUGUUAAACUAUGAUGUGUAUGAUCUUGAGUUGACUUCGGUAAAGGACAAUUCGGAACUGAGGAAACUUUUGAUUGAUACAUCCGGAAGAUCUAUCAUUGUGAUUGAGGAUAUUGAUUGUUCCCUCGACCUGACUGGCCAAAGGGAUCAGAGAAACACGAAAACAAAGGAAGACAAGAAGGACCCUGUCGAAAAAAUUAUUAAGACAAAGAAAGUUGAGGACAACAACAAGAGCAGCAGCCAAGUUACUCUCUCAGGACUUUUGAACUUCAUUGACGGGCUAUGGUCAGCCUGUGGAGGAGAACGGCUGAUUGUGUUCACAACAAACUAUGUCGAAGACCUUGAUCCGGCACUGAUUCGUCGAGGCAGGAUGGAUAAGCACAUUGAGCUAUCUUAUUGCAGAUUCGAAGCAUUUAAGGAUCUGGCGAAGAUAUACUUGAACAUAGAAUCACAUGAGUUGUUUGAUAAAGUUGGGAAAUUGCUUGAGGAAAUCGAGAUGACCCCGGCUGAUGUUGCCGAAAAUUUGAUGCCGAAGUCAACUGAAGAGGAUGCUGAUUUUUGUGUGAAGAGGUUGGUUAAUGCCCUUGAGCAAGCCAAGGAAGAAGCAAGGUUGAAGGCCGAAGAAGAAGAAAGAUUGAAAGCUGAGAAAGAAGAGAAAAAGAAACAGAAGCAGAAACAAGACAGUCCUGGAUCUGAGGUAAAAGGCACAGAAACCGUGGCGGCCGACCAGGAGAAAGAGAACGAUGAUCAUGAGGUAAAAAGUGGGGAAACCGUGGCAAACGAGGCGAAAGAAAACACUCAUUCUGUGGUAGACAGUGCAGAAACCGUGACCGACGAGGUGAAAGAAAACUAA